UGUUCUCAAAUCUUACCAGAGGGAACUUUCACGAAAAGGAGAACCCGUUUUAGAGAGAGAAAGUGAUAUGCAGAUGCUCUGUAAGGCUUCAUCUGCAGUGGCUUCCUAUUCCUUCCCUUGUUCCAGGGUGGGGAGCAGACCCUGUGUACAGCCAGGCAUAAGGCAACUUAGCCUUAGAAAGGGUCUCGUGUAUGGGUUUAUGCGCUUAUUAUCCACACCCUUCAAAACCUUGCGUGGAGCAAGUCGGUCUCUUAGGGUUGCAGAGUUUUGCAGUGUUUCCAACACGUCUUCCUCGUUGCAAAUUGAACUGGUACCAUGUCUCAAAGACAAUUAUGCAUAUCUUUUACAUGAUGCGGACACUGGCACGGUUGGUGUUGUUGAUCCUUCAGAAGCUGUGCCGAUUAUUGAUGCUUUGAGUCAGAAAAACCGGAAUUUGACUUAUAUAUUGAAUACCCACCACCAUUAUGAUCACACCGGUGGGAACCCAGAGUUAAAAGCAAGGUAUGGUGCUAAGGUGAUUGGUUCGGGAAUAGACAAGGAUAGAAUUCCUGGAAUCGAUAUUGUUCUAAAAGAUGGAGACAAGUGGAUGUUUGCAGGUCAUGAGGUGCAAGUCAUUGAAACCCCCGGUCAUACUCGAGGCCAUAUUAGCUUCUACUUUCCGGGUUCUGGAGCAAUAUUUACCGGAGACACUUUGUUCAGCCUUUCAUGCGGCAAGCUUUUUGAAGGAACCCCGGAGCAGAUGUUUUCUUCCCUUCAGAGGAUCAUGUCUCUGCCUGAUGAUACAAAUAUAUAUUGCGGUCACGAAUAUACUUUGAGUAAUUCCAAAUUUGCAUUAUCUAUAGAACCUAAGAACGAGGCACUUCGAUCAUAUGCAGCCCAUGUAGCUCAACUUCGCAAUAAAGGAUUGCCUACGAUACCGACUACAUUGAAGGUGGAGAAGGCAUGCAAUCCGUUCCUUCGGACUUCGAGUACAGAAAUCCGGCAGGUGUUAGAUAUUCCGGUCACCAUGAAUGAAGCUGAAGCUUUGGGUGUCAUCCGUCGAGCAAAGGAUAGUUUCUAGGAUUACUUUUAGGAUCAAUACGGAAAUUGGUCCCUAAACUUUUAAUCGAUCAUGGCACUUUAGUAUUUUGUGUAUCAUUAUUCUAUGUAUGUGUAUAGGCUACGGUUACUCUUCCA